ACUGUCUGCGACACACAGGACCAGAUUUUUAGAAAAAACCUGUUUUCACCAUUUCCCCCAUAUAGACUCCUGUCAGCUGCUACAAUGGCUAUGUUUAUAAAAGAAAUGGUCAGCCGGAACAAAAGGAGAUACCAAGAAGAUGGGUUCGACUUGGACUUAACUUAUAUCUACCCAAACAUCAUUGCUAUGGGCUUUCCAGCAGAGAGGCUCGAAGGCGUUUACAGAAACAAUAUAGACGAUGUAGUACGGUUUUUGGAUUCAAAGCAUAAAAACCAUUACAAAAUCUACAACCUCUGUGCAGAAAGACACUACGAUGCUGCCAAAUUUAACUGCAGAGUUGCACAGUAUCCCUUCGAAGACCACAACCCUCCUCAGCUGGAGCUAAUUAAGCCGUUUUGUGAAGACCUGGACCAGUGGCUCAGCGAGGAUGACAAUCACGUGGCGGCCAUCCACUGUAAGGCUGGGAAGGGCCGCACCGGAGUUAUGAUCUGCGCCUAUCUCCUCCAUCGGGGUAAAUUCCAGGAGGCCCAGGAAGCGCUCGACUUUUAUGGAGAAGUCAGGACAAGGGACAAGAAGGGAGUAACGAUCCCGAGCCAGCGCCGCUACGUGUGCUACUACAGCUACCUGCUGAAGAACCAGCUCGAGUACAAGCCGGUGGCUCUCCUCUUCCACAAAAUGGUGUUCGAGACUCUCCCCAUGUUCAGCGGGGGCACCUGCAGGGACAGUACCGUUAAAAACAGGAGUGAGCCGAUCCCUCAGGGCUUCAAGAAAGGGAAUUGGCAUUGGGAUCCCCAGUUCGUGGUGUACCAGCUGAAAGUCAAAAUUCACACGUCGAACCCCGCUCACACGAGGCGCGAAGAGAAACACAUGUUUUUCGAGUUCCCCCAGCCGCUGCCCGUUUGUGGAGACAUCAAAGUGGAGUUCUUCCAUAAACAGAAUAAGAUGAUGAAGAAGGACAAAAUGUUUCACUUUUGGGUCAACACCUUCUUCAUCCCCGGACCAGAGGAGAGCGGGGACAAGAUGGAGAACGGGGCAGUGAACAACGCAGAGAGCCAGCAGGGGGUACCGGCACCGGGCCAGGGCCAGCCGCAGAGCACCGAGUGCAGGGACAGCUGCAGGGACGGCGGCAGGGAAAGCGACCGGGAGAGGGACUACCUCAUCCUGACACUCACGAAGAACGACUUGGAUAAGGCUAACAAAGACAAAGCUAAUCGCUACUUCUCGCCAAACUUCAAGGUGAAGUUGUAUUUUACGAAAACCGUGGAGGAGCCUUCGAACUCAGAAGCAAGCACUUCGACAUCCGUCACCCCGGACGUUAGCGACAAUGAGCCAGACCAUUAUCGAUACUCUGACACCACUGACUCUGAUCCGGAAAAUGAACCUUUUGAUGAAGAGCAGCACACGCAAAUCACAAAAGUGUGAACUCUUUUUAACGACAGGAAAAGAAGAAAUUAUACACCAGAAAAAAAGGAGAAAACUUGAAUAUAAACUCAAAAGAAGAACCUUUGUCCCUUCCCUUCCCCAGACGGCAAUAGAAUAUCAUCAUGUCAAAUGCCAACUUUAGGGAAAAAAAAGAUAAAUAUCCUGACCAAUAUAUUGUUUUGUUUUGUUUUUCUUUGGCACGGCCAUGUACCAUGUGCGAGGUAUUGACACUGUUGCCCCAUGGGAAAAGGUGCUGUAGCUAUAACAAUGUAUUUAUAUAUAUACAUACGUAUAUGUAUAUACAUAUAUACAUAUAUACAUGCGUAUAUAAAACUUUUUUUGUGUCAAAGACAAUGAGUACCACAAUCAGGAGAUGGGAGUUGAAGUGUGGGAGAAGUAAGAAUGAAAUACUAGGACUAUGCUGCUCCUUCUCCUGUCUAAACCAAGGCCAGUGCUGCAGUCACUUUGUUUCACUCCCUCUCUUCUCCUCCCCCCCUUUCUCCUCUCAUCUUUUACCCUUCCACCUCCCCCCCCUCCCCCCUUCCAUCCCAUCCUCUUUCCUCUCCUCCUUUACUGUGAAUGCUUCUUGUGCUCUUUGCAGGCUGUCUCACGUGACUUUUGGUCUUUGUGCAGUGCAAACUGCAUGCGGGCAGUGGGUUGGGGGUGGGCUGGGGGGGGGGGGGGGGGGGGGGGUUAUGAAGAGGCUGUGAUGAUGUCUAAAGCAUUGCCAUUCCUGUUCCCACUGUGUAUACGUUAAGUUAUGCAGAACAAGGCAUCCCAUGUAAUUGUUAAUGUUUUUUUUUAUCCUAAGAUAAUAAAAAUAUAAUACACAAAACA